GAGCCUCCACCUUCCUUCCAUUUCCUCUGCUGAAAUAAAAGCCAGAGACUCAAUCCGCAGAACCUCACCAUAACUAACUACCAUCCAUCAACGCCGCCACGUUUAACCCCACCACCACCAUUACUGUCACUCCCUUAACUCCUCCUCCUCCCACGACCCACCGCACAAGACCAGUCACAUCAUAAAACAAGCAGCAAUGGCUGUAGACAUGAAGCAAAAGAUCUUUGGAUUACAAGCAAAGCUUGCUGACAGAGAUACAUAUUCCAUGGCAGCCAAUGAGUUGGACUCCAUAGCCCGCACCAUUGACUCCACUAAUCUUCAACCUUUUCUCUCCAGCAUUCUCUCCACCGAUUCCGCCGACAAGCCCGCAGUCCGCAAACACUGUGUUCAACUACUCUCCCUUCUCUCACUUUCCCUUCCUCCCAAUUCCCUCUCCCCAUUUCUCCCCAAGAUCCUCUCUCACCUCUCACGCCGUCUUCGAGACCCGGACUCAUCUAUCCGUUCCUCCUGCAUUGCUGCCGUCUCCGCCUUGUCUUCUCGCAACACCAAACUACCUUUCUCUUCGGCUUUCCUCAAGCCAUUAUCCGACACCCUUUUCACGGAGCAGAAGCCUAAUUCCCAGAUCGGGGUGGCUCUUUCUGCGGCAGCGAUCGACGCCGCGCCCGACCNGGAACAGGUCCCAGAUGUGUCCGAGGACGUACCGCCACUGCCUAGAUCGCAGACAGAAAUAGAUGAUGUCAGUGAUGGACGAUAUCCACCUGGAUCUAAAAUGUCUUUCGCUGGUGGUUUAGAAGCUCCACAAGUGAGGAAGAGAACUGCUUUAACUGGAAGGUCAAUGCCUCCUGACAGUUCAUCUGCGACGGCAGCUAGGAAAAGAAGUAUUUCAAAGAGUGGUGAAAACAAAACUAGGGCAACAUUUCAGAAGGUGGACAGCAAGAAGCCUCUGGACAGGAAAGUUGAAAUUGCUGUUCCAAAUGUUGCAUCAUUGGUUGGAGUUCAUGGAAAUCUUAAGGAGAAAAAUGAGAAUGUUGGUGAAAGGACAAAUAAUCAGAAUCCUAAAUUCUCAAAGCAAGAAACAAGACAUGUCCUUAGUAAGAAUUGUGAUGAGAAGAUGCAGAUAUUUGGUGGAGGAUCAAGGUUUGGAUCUCGUGUGACUCCAUACCAUGAGGAGAGCCCUCAGCCUACUGUCCUAGAGAAUAACAUGACAGAGAAUCACCAUAGUAACCACAAGGACUCUGAUGAUUUAUCCUUGAUUCGUAAUCAGCUUGUUCAGAUCGAGAAACAACAAUCCAGUCUAUUAGAUCUUCUGCAGAAAUUCAUUGGGAGUUCACAAAGUGGAAUGCGUUCUUUGGAGACACGUGUGCAUGGUCUUGAAAUGGCACUUGACGAGAUCUCAUAUGACUUAGCUGUAUCAAGUGGAAGGAUGAGCUCGUGCAGAACCAGCUGUUGCUUAAUGCCUGGAGCAUAUUUUUUGAGAUCAAAGUUCUGGGGUAAAACAGAUGGCAGGUAUUCAACUUCAAGGUUUUCUACUGCCACUGGCACCCCUGCAGCCGCUAUGCAAUAUAGACCUGAUAGGAAUGGUAAUGCUGAAACAUUCAGGUCAGAUAACCCGAGGUUGCCCCUUCAGGGUGGUGGUGGGUUCAUUAUGAAUCCUUUGGCAGAAAUUUGCAGUGACUCAAGGGGAGUCUCAGAUAUUAUGGUCCAUCAGUAGAUACUGUAUCAUAAGGUCUGCCGCAUAACUGAGAUGGAAGUCUUGAGUUUCCACUUUCAAUUUUAGCUGGGCAGUGAGAAAAUAUAUAAAAAAAAGGUAUUUGUAUCUUGGUGAAGUUUUUACUCUUUGCAAAUCGACAAAUUUGGAGAGGGAGAGAAGAUAACGAUGUCUCUGAAAAAUGAAAAUAGUUUGCUGAGAAACAAGACGAACCCAGAUAAGGCAAUUCGAUUCAUUAAUGAUUCUUGGAUUCUCUAGGAAUCCUAAAAACAAAUUCUUCAGUUGCAAUCUGAUCUAGAGGCUGGGAGGAGCUUCCUGGCCUGGUAUAGUGUGAAAGUGUAAUGUGUAUAGCAGAAUCCUUCUUAUUCUUGUUGAUGCUUCCCAUUUUUUUCUCUACUUUUUUUCUAUCAAAUUGUUUCAUGAAUAUAUAUAAACACACGCAUGAUACAUGAUACAUGUCAGAUGAUGAAUCUUUAGUAAAGAAUGUAAAAGACAAUGCUCAA